UACAGGUAAUUUUCCAGCUGCUGAUUAUCGCUACCGGAAAUUACAACUUUUUCAACUUGCUGACUAUUGUCCUGUGUUUUUCCCUUCUCGACGACGACCAUUUACCUUUUUCUGGAGAACAAAAUCAUGAAGAAGCGACAGACAAGUCUCGUCAUGAAGUAACAGAGAGAUCUCAUCAUAUCCAGACUAUUGUCUGGUAUAUCAGGAGAUGCACAGUAUUUCUUGUCAUGUUUGUGUUGUUGUAUUGGACUAAACGUUUAUUCGCGAUGAAAAUUAACGGCAAGGAUGUCAUUUACACCAAAGUAGAUUUCUCUCAUCCACAAUUUAAUUAUGCCCUAAGUAAGAUUGUUCCCUUAUCUAUUUGGCUUGGCGCAAUAUCUCUUUCGUUUGAAAUAGUCCGUAGUUUAUUCAGGUCGUUACAGCAAGCUGGUUUAUCUGCAAAGAUUUACUCAUCUUUUCAAUGCUCGUUAGUAGCUGUUGCAGCCAUCUGGGUAUUCUCUAUCAGCUUGGUUCCGUAUUCAAAUCUUGAUAGAACCACACAACAGAAUAUUUGGCCUGUUGUAAGGAAAUGGCAUGACCAAGUUCAACAUUUGGAAAUCGCCAAUUCCUAUGGAUUAUUUAGAAGAAUGACAGGUGUUGGAGGAAGACCUGAGAUUGUAAUUGAGGGAAGUGAUUCUCUUGAUGGUCCAUGGAAGGAAUACAAUUUCCGAUACAAGCCAGGACUACUAACACAUUGUCCACCGUUUAUCGCUCCACAUCAACCACGACUGGACUGGCAAAUGUGGUUCGCAGCUCUUGGUUCAUAUCAACACAAUCCUUGGUUCGUACAUCUAGUUUACAAAUUACUUGAAGGUGACGCAGACGUUCUUCGUCUACUGGCCAAGGAACAACCAUUCAAGAAACCACCACGUUAUGUCCGAGCCCUGCUUUAUAAGUACUAUUACACCAAAGUGAACAAGAAUAUAGGUUCCAUUGGAGAUUUUGUUCGUAAUGUCAGAUCAAUCAAGUCUUGUUGGAGACGUGAAUUCACUUCUGAGUAUUUGCCUCCAGUGACGAAAUCAGAGCCUACGCUGGAACAAUUCUUAAGUCAUUAUCAACUUGGACCUAACCAUAAAGAUCGCGAGCUUUCAAGUGGACGUCUCCACCAUUUUAUUGUUUAUCUUCGUUCCAAAGUUCUCUUAGUGGAUCCUCUUAGAUUUUUGGCUUAUCUUUUCUUCACUGGCAUCAUUUUAAGUAUUCUGACUGAACAAAAAUACAAGAUAUCUUCUGCAGGGAAGUCGAAGGUGCACAUCGAUUAACAAUUGAAGAAUAAUCAAUGCAUGGAAAAUUUAUUGCUGACUAUUAUUGCUGCAGCUGUAUUUUUGACUGAAUACAAUACUUCAUGUGAACAUACUUUUUAUAUGAACGUUGGUGAUCUGUGGCGUAACUAGAACGAUUAUUCAUUGUUUAUUCAUAAAUGCAGUUCUGCCUGACGGAUUUCUUUUUAAGUGCAAUAGCUUACAAAAUCCGUCUGGCAGAAGUUCGUCAUCAAUAUCAUGCAAAACCCGAUGUCGCCCUAAGGCUAAUCGUAGUUCUACUUUUCCAUAUUUGGCUCGUUAACCUUAAUUUUUUUAAUGUCGUUCGUUUUUUGUUCGCGAGCCUUUGGGGUUGCAUCGCCUAUACGCCGACGACGCAAUUCGUCAUACAAGGCAUACUGAAUUUGACAAAGAAUGAUUGGUUUCGCAAAAAAUACUAUUCUCCUCCCUUAGCAUGUGGCUAACAUCACUUUCGCGAAAUGGAGCCUUGUGAUAUGAAGAAUUUUCAUGAAUUCUUGCAGUGAUUGAUUGGGGGGUGUAGGCUACAUUUGAAUAUAUGGAUAUACACCCCCCCCCUCCUCCCCCAAUGAAGUUGCUUAAAUAAACCAGCGAAAAUGGCAAAAUAAAAGCUG